AUACAUCAACCCUCGUCGCCACACCCGUCGUCACCGGUAGAUACGCCCCUCACGAACAGCCCCAAGGGCCGCAAUCGAAGCAACUCUGGCCGCCCCUUGUCCAUAGUGCAGACCUUCCAGCCGCCCCUCAUGGACGUCGGCGAGGCCAUCCCGGAGUUGCAACCCAUCUUCACCUUCCUCAACAGCCACUCCAACAAGCUAUACCAGGAGGGCUAUUUCCUCAAGCUCGAUGACCAGAACACACACAGAACAUGGACCGAGUGUUUUGCCCAGCUGGUGGGCACGGUCCUGUCGCUAUGGGACGCCGCAGAGCUUGAUGCCGCAGGAGAAGACGGAGAGGUGCUGCCCAAGUUCAUCAACCUCACGGAUGCAUCAAUCAAGAUGAUUGAAUCAUUACCGACCAGGUCCAACGAUGAGCAGCCGCUCCAGAACAUCCUAAGCAUAUCGACGGCCGGCAGGAAUCGAUACCUGCUUCAUUUCAACUCGCACCACUCACUGCUGCAGUGGACUGCAGGCAUCCGGCUGGCCAUGUUUGAGCACUCGACCCUGCAGGAGGCCUACACGGGGGCAUUGAUUGCUGGCAAGGGCAAGACGCUGAACAACAUCAACCUGAUCAUGGACCGGGCAAGAUUCAAGACGGAGGAGUGGGUCAGGGUGAGGUUCGGGGCCGGCGUCCCCUGGCGGCGGUGCUGGUGUGUCAUAUCACCCCCCGACGAGAAGGAAUACCAGAAGCUGCAGAAGGAGCUGAAGAAGAGGUCGCCCUACGACCACUCGAGGCCACCCCUGCUGAAGGGCGAUAUCAAGUUCUACGACACCAAGAAGGACGGAAAGAAGCAGAAAAAAGCCAAGCCCAUCGCCUCCAUCACCGACGCCUUCUCGUGCUACGGCAUCUACCCCCAGGCCAAGUCCCUGAUCGACGCCUCGACCCUGAUUAAGAUCGAAGGCAACAUCACUAUCCACUCCGACCCGCCAUCGUCAACCGAGGGCUUCAUCUUCAUAAUGCCCGAGGUGCCCCCCGCCGUCACCGGCUUCGAGAUGCUCCUGCGGUUCCUGUUCCCGACCUGGGAUACCUUUGGCCUCUAUGGUCGUCCCGGGCGGCUGGUCGCCAGCGUCCUGGACCCGAGGUCCCUCAUGUUUGCUAUGCCCAAGCACAGGAGGUACGGGUACCUGGAGAUCCUUGACGUGACCAACCUGAUCGUCAACGAGGGGAGCGGCUCGUGGUCCGAGCGGGACUGGAAAAGAAAGCUGAAGGAGCUGACGGGGGAGAGGAUGAACGCCGUCGAGGACGGAACCAUGACCCAGGGUCGGAGCCCCAGCCGCAGGAACAAGCGCCUCAGCACAGGCCCCUCUGCGCCCGGCGGCGGCCUAAGGGUGCGUGUGGGUUUCUCGGAAGAGGAGCCCGCCGUUCGCACGUCUCGCUCGUUCUCCUUGGGCACGCCUGGGCCACGGACCGACUCAGCGCCUCCAGCAGACAGAGUCCGUGCCCCGAACGCCAUGGGUGAUGUGACGGGCCAUUCGCGUAACAACUCGGAUACCCACAUCCGGCCAAACGGGCUGGACGGCUUCGCGCCGCAUCUCAACGAUGAACGGCACGUUGCGGGCGUCCCGUCCAGGGGCCAGACACCCAUCCGUUUCGCCAACGAUCUUGCGUCGACGCCCGAGAGGGUCAGCUCGGAAGACGACUCUACCGGCUCGACGCCGCCUGUGGCGGACCUGGAGAACAUGCACAAGCUGUCCAGCCCAGAGCCGGUCCAGGCACCACCAGCCUUUGCGCACGCGCGCACGGCUCGUCCCGAACGGGCAUAUCACUCCCCAGAGCUCCGGAGAGCCACGAGCCGACUCUCCAUGGCUACCCUGCAGCAGCUGGGCAUGGCCCUCAAGACUGGCAUAGACCCUGCCCUGACCGAGGGCAACAACAGGCCCAAUUCCGAGCAGCGGCGGCCCUCUCCAGGACCGACGCGUGGGCCUAAUGCGUUCCAGCCUUACACACCAUCGGGCAGAAAUGGGCCUCCUCCAUCAUCCAACACCCGUAACACGCCUCCCUCAGGUGUCCAGCGCAAGCCGCUUCCUGGGCUGCAGACGUCUCCCCCCAUCCAGCGGAAGGCCUUGCCCACGCGAGACGACAGCUUCCAGUCGGCAAACUCUCCAGAGUGGCAGACACGGGAUUAUGAGUACGGGGGCCAGGGGCAACGGCAGCAGCAGCAACAGGGUCAACAGAAGUACCCUCCUCCGAGACAGCGUCAAGGCACAAUGAGGAGCGAGGCCAGCAGCAACUACGACGAUGCGGCUUCGACAGCCAGUCCAGACUACGCCAGCACGACCAAGUCGAGCGAGACACAGGAGUCGGUGGAGCGGCCCCGCGCUGGUGUCCUCAAGACGGUGGGCGACGCAGCCUCGUCUGACGGAGGCUCGCACAUCGAGAUGCCCGAGGUCAACUUUGGCCCGACGCUCAACCUUGCGCAUGGGCCGCGGACCAUCAAUCGAGGACCCUGGGUUCCUCCCAACCCGCCUGCCGCCGCCCAGUCGCCGCGGCCUUAUUCUCCAGGAGGUCCACGCAAGACACCUACGCUCACAACUGCCACGGCAAACAUCACACCCAGCGCAGGCGAGAUCGGUCACUACCGGUCCGAGUCUGAAGACACCCUGAAGCGCAGGAGUGUGGCCUGGCAGCCUGGCGCGACCAUUGGCGGCGGAGCAGGUCAGCCUGCCAUGUCGCCUGAGGAAUUUGUGCACCAGAGGGCCGCUGCUGCCCAGAUGCCGCAGUACGCCACCCACCAGCGCACGCCUUCGGGCAACACGCUGGCGCAGAUGGGGUCCCCACCGCUGAGGCGAAGUGGGAGCCAGGACUACUUGACCAACCGGCACUCCAGGUCUGGCAGCGCUGACCUCCUCAAGCGCCGCAACUCGCAGGACUCGAGCCACAUGCUCAGUGCCAAUGGCACAGGGGCUGUCAGCUCGCACCUCACAGCCCGAGAGCAGGAGCACGUUGCUAGGGCGACAGGCACACCGCUGAUCAGCAUCGCCACGAACAACCAGGCUGGACACCAUCAGCCCGGGCUGGUAGGGGCGAUCGAUGCGCGCGAGAGAGAAAAGGCACAGAUGAAACAAGGGUACAACUCGCAGACGGUCCAAAACGCCAUCAACCAGAGGCAGUAUCAGCACCAGCAGCACCAGUACGCCCAGCAGCAGCAGCAAUAUGCUCAGCAGCAGAUGUACGGUGCUGCUGCUGCUGCUGCUGGUGCUGGUCCGAACAUGAGCAUGGGGAACCUCAACAACAUAGGCAUGGCGAUGAGUCCCGGAGCGUCGCCGAUGCACCACGGCGGCGGUAUGGGAAUGCAGAACAUGGGCCGCGGUGGUGGAGGUGGUUUCUC